AUGACGAAGCGUCGUAGUAGUCAACCAGAUAUUCGUAGUAGGACCGACAGUCAGUCUAGUUUAAUGCGUCGGAGGAGCAUUACGGAAACGUACCCAAGGCCUUCUGUUUUUGGAGGACAUGACUUAUUGCUCGAUCCUCUUUUCACUGUUCAAUCCAUGCAAGUGGGAAAUCAUCCAGAGAGUCCAAUACAUAAUGUUCGGGAGCUUUUGGAAGCGAAUUUAGAGGAAACUCCAUUGAUUUAUACCGAAAUGCUGGAUUUGGACAAGGAUGAUAAGGCCAGAAGACAAUGGAAACAAAUUGCCAGGGGUCUUUAUAUCUCUCCUCUUUGGGACUGUUUUGCGAAAGCCGGCGACGGGUUCACCGUAGAGCACAAUCUAGGGAAGGGGAAGGAGAGAGGGGGAGGGGAUGAUCCUUCAUCCUGGAGAUGUACCCUCCUUGCGCAGCUACGUUCUCAGUUCUCAGCAACAUAG